AUGGCAGACUUCCAAAUCCAAAACCUCGCCGUCCCCUCCGUUUACCUACUAAUCCUCUUCCUGGGCUACCCCUCGCAAUACUUGCUUAUGCACUUGGAACCACGGCCGCUGAAUAAAAAUGAGAUUUGGAUUGCGAAUGUGUUGUUGGUGUUGAUUUUUAUUACGUAUACAAGGAGUGUGUUUGUGGAUGCGGGGAGGAUACCUGGGGAUUGGGCGGAGAGGAUUGGUGGUGGGGAUGGGAAGGAAGAGGGGGAGGGAAAGGAGGGAGGAAAGGGAAAGAGUAGGAAAUGGUGCCGGAAAUGUGAUGCUGCGAAGCCGCCUAGAGCACAUCAUUGUAAGGAGUGUAAGAGAUGUAUCCCAAAAAUGGACCACCACUGCCCCUGGACAAACAACUGCGUAUCCACCACAACCUUCCCCCACUUCCUUCGCUUCCUCCUCUACACCACCGCGGGUCUCUCUCUCUUACAAUACUUCCUCCUCCCCCGCCUCCUGCACCUCUGGCAAAACCUAGAUCUUCCCUCCUACCUCGGCCCCACCCCCUUCCAACUCGCCCACCUCUUCACCGUCCUGAUCGUCAACACCUUCACCCUCUUCGUCCUCGGCGUGCUGCUUUUGCGCAACAUCUGGUGCCUGGCCGUCAACACCACAACCAUCGAAGGCUGGGAAAUCGAACGUCACCGCACUCUGGUACGCCGCGCUAGGCAGUUUGGUGGCUACCUCGCCGCCCCCGAUGGCGUCAAAGUACGUAUACGCAAGCAAGAGUUUCCCUACGAUAUUGGCAUCUGGUCAAAUAUCGUGGAAAGCAUGGGGUCGCGGAAUCCGUUGAAUUGGUUCAAUCCGUUGGCGAAGACGGUGCCGUUGGAGAGGGGGUUGCGCUUUGAAACUAAUGGGUUUGAGAGUAAGGAUAAGGUGUGGCCGCCGCCUGACCCUGAGAGGAAUUACAGGAGGAGUGCGGUGCCGGUGGAUAAGGACGCUUUUCGCUUUGUAGAUUCGAAGCUUAGUCGCGAAGACGAGGUUAAAGCGUUUAAAGAGAGACAGGCGGAGGAUGCGGUGAGGAGACGGAGGGGAUACGAAGUGCAGGUUGAUGAUGAGGUGGAGGAGGGGGACGAGGAUGGGGAGAGGAUAGGGGACGAGGACGAGUAUGCAUAUGGGAGUGAUGAAGUGGAGGAAGAAGAGCCUAGGAAGAACAAACAUGGUGAUGACGAGCAGGAAAGUGUGGCGGCGUGGCGGAACUCUGAAGGAGAGCGGUUGAAGGAUUUUGGCGUGGAUGAAGAUGUCGAGUUUUACGAUGAACAAGAUGAUGACGACAUGCCGUUGAGCGAGUUGCUUGCUAGGAAGCGAGCCGCUUCGAUGUCAACUCAUUGA